AUGAAAACUAAAAGCAAUGAAUAUUCAGACGUGUUGGAUUCGAUUGAUGAUCAAAAAUAUGCCAAUACUGAUGAGCCACCAUAUUUAUUAGAUGAAAAACAAAAACAAAAGAAUACUGAUUCUGACUCAAAUUAUACGCCUAGUACAUCUUGUAAAUCUGAUGAUACAUAUGUUGAGGAAAAACAUCUUAAACGAUAUCUUUCUCUUACUACUAAUCAAAAAAAUCUCUUAACCUCUAUUACCAUUCAAGAUCAUCAAGAAAAAGAGUAUGAACAACAAUCCCAAUAUAUUGCCGAUAAAGAUAUUGCCGAUAGAGAUAUUGCCGAUGAAGAUAUUGCCAAUAGAGAUAUUGCCGAUAAAGAUAUUGCCGAUAGAGAUAUUGCUAAUAAAAAUAUUGUUGGUAGAGAUAUUACCGAUAGAGAUCCUAUAAUGGAUAUCCGUCAAAACUCGACAUCUUCUUUUUCCUUAUCACAAACAUCAAUUUUAACAAUACCAAUUGUUCAUCUGGUUAAUGAUGAUGCUACAACUGGAAUGCUUACAGAUUUAGUAAAUGAAACCAAGAUCUUAUUCUUAAGAACUCGUGAUCCUUCACAUUCAGCCCAGCUCCAAUUGGUAAUGGCAUAUAGCGAGAAUUACAUUCAUAAUAAUUCAAUCACUCUCGAUAAUAUACCAACAAUCGAAAAUUUGAAGUUAUAUGUUGAUGAAACAUGUAUAUAUCAAUGUUUCAAAACUUCAAUGAUACAAAUCUAUAUGAACAACAUCUUAAAAUGUUCUAUCGAUCCACAUCUUAGUAAUGCAUCAGCCCUAAAUGAAGUUAAAUCUCUCGAUUAUAUAACAAGUCAAAGAAGCAAGGCAUCAUCUUAG